AUGAAAUUCGUUUCGGAAAUCUGGCAUCCAAAUAAAGAUAGUGUUUACAGUAUCACGAAAAUUAGCUUGUUUUUAGUUGACAAAGAAGGCAAUGUCUGCAUUUCCAUUCUUCAUGAUCCAGGAGAUGAUAAAUGGGGUUAUGAGCGACCUGAAGAACGUUGGCUUCCAGUACACACGGUCGAGACGAUACUGUUGUCUGUUAUCUCGAUGCUAGCUGAUCCCAACUUCGAGUCACCUGCUAAUGUUGAUGCCGCGAAAAUGCAACGGGAGAAUUACUCCGAAUUCAAGAAACGAGUGGCAGCAUGCGUUCGCAGAAGUCAGGAAGAGUGA